UCUUCUGACUUUUCUCUCACUAGAUCUCCUCCUACUCCUCCGUCUCAGUAGACGAUCAGAUUCAUAUAUAUAUAUAUAAAUAUAUAUGUAUAUAUAUGAAUGCUAACAUGGAACCAAUCGGUAGAUGCCAUGUGGUGGCCUUGCCCUAUCCGGCAAGAGGACACAUCAACCCUAUGAUGAACCUCUGCAAAUUGCAAGCUUCCCGGAGCCACGAUCUUCUGAUCACCUUCGUCGUCACGGAGGAGUGGCUCGGCUUCAUUGGCUCCGAGUCCAAGCCGGCUAACCUUCGCUUCGGCACAAUCCCAAACGUCUUGCCUUCCGAGCUGGUCCGAGCCUCCGACAUGCUCGGCUUCGUCGAAGCCACUCUAACCAAGAUGGAGGAGCCGUUUGAGAAGCUGCUGGACCGGCUGGAGCCACCGCCAACGGUCAUCAUGGCUGAUGUUUGUGUUUCGUGGGCGAUUAUUGUCGGGAAUCGGAGGAAUAUUCCGGUGGCUGCGCUUUGGCCUAUGCCGGUGGCCGUGUUUUCCUUCAUUUACCAUUUUGACCUCUUGGUGGAGAACCAGCAUUAUCCUUUUGAUUUGUCAGAAAGAGGAGAUGAGUUGGUGGAUUACAUCCCUGGAAUAUCAUCAACCCGUCUAGCAGACCUUCCUACAAUCUUCUACAAGAGCCAACGACACUUCAUGUCCCAAGGUAUAAAAAUGAUUUCUGAUGUCUCAAAAGCACAAUUUUGCUUGUUCUCUUCCAUAUUGGAGCUCGAAGCUCAAGUCAUCAAUGCUUUAAGACCAAAAUUGCCAAUUCCAAUGUACUCUUUUGGCCCUCUUAUACCUCACUUCACCCUCGAAGAUCAAGAAAAUGCCCCUGAUCAUAUGACUAGCCACAAUGACACCAACUCUCGCAAAUGGUUAGAUUCUCAACCUCAAGGCUCUGUUCUGUACAUUUCAAUGGGGAGCUACUUUUCUAUUUCAAGUGCUCAAAUGGAUGAAAUUGUAGCUGGGUUGUCCGCUAUCGGUGUUAGGUUUUUGUGGGUGGCGCGUGGGGAAGCUUCGAGGCUAAAGGAGGCUUGUGGAGACUCGGGAAUGGUAGUGCCCUGGUGUGACCAAUUGAAGGUACUGUGCCAUUCUUCAGUAGGAGGAUUUUGGAGUCAUUGUGGAUGGAAUUCGACUAUGGAAAGUGUUUUCGCGGGCGUGCCAAUGCUCACUUUCCCUAUGCAUAUGGAUCAAGUCCCAAUCAGUAAGACUAUAGUGGAAGAUUGGAGGAUUGGGUGGAGGGUCCUCAAGAGGGAGGUGGGAAUGGAAAAUUUGGUGGGGAGAGAGGAAAUUGCUGACCUUGUGAGGAGGUUCAUGGAUUUGGAAAGUCCAGAGAGAAGGGAAAUGAUUAGAAGGGUAAGAGAACUUCAAGGAAUUUCUCGACAAGCAAUUGCAAAAGGAGGAUCUUCUGAAGUCAAUCUUGGUGUUUUCAUUAGGGAUAUUUUGCAACUAAGUUGAUUUACCUAAUGUGUUAAGGUUGAUCAAACAUUAUGAGCACUAUUGUAUUAACGCAUGACAUUUGGAGUUUCAACUACAUUUUUUGUAAUGUUAUGUUUGAGAGUACGGAAUUGGUUUCUUGGA